AACAAAGCUAGGAACAAGCAGUCUGGAUGCAGCCGUCAGGUGCAUUCAGUUCUCUGAGACCACACGUUCAGAGCCGUGUUAUUAGUGAAGAAUAUUUUAUUUACAAAUUGAAAACGAAAAAUUUUCAGUAAAGUUCUAAUAAUAAAGUCACGGAGCGGUCGCGUUUUUGCAAGAUUGAGUCAAUUAAAGUCGUAACAAUAUUUUUAUUACUAACUCAAUAAUACAAUAUCCGGCUCGGUGUGGUUAUGAACUAAGUUUUAAUCAGUAUUUUGAAAAUUUCUAUUUGCCUUAAGUACUUGAUAAAAAUUACUAUCAAGAAGUAACAGAAAUGCGAUCAAGUACCAGGCAUGUGAAAAAUACUGUGAAAAUGAACAAUAUUGUUGUUAGAUAUUUAUUAAACCACAGAAACCGUGAAUUCAGCUUCAUGUUAUUUCAAAUGUCGUACAUGCUUACCCGUAAACAUUAAUUUAUUAAAUUUCUUCACGGCUCAAAAAUGUUUAAGUCAUAAAAAUAAUAUGUUGGCGACCAAGCUUUUAAGAGAUUCCUUACACAAAUUUUUGAUUGGCGGUCUGUUUUACUUGAUGUAUCGCUAAUCGAAAAAUAUGCCACGAUAUCUCAUUCAUUAAUUUUCUGAUAAAUUAAACGUGGAGACAAGAAGCUGACAACAGAAACUGAGAAAGGCUGAUUUCGAAUUUUAUCUAAAAACUCAAUUUCAUAGCAUUCAAAAUGAACUCUUUAACCCUACCUGAACACAUAAACACUCAAGAAUGAACACAUGAAUUAUCAAACAUUUAUGAUCGGAACAUCCGUUUGGAUGGAGUGUGAACUAGGCAACGUACAGGCAUGAGAUGGAAUCUUGCGUCUCUCAACAUUACGUUCCCUCAAUGGGUGAAUACGUCGUACCUCACGCAGUGCAUGUCACCCAAGACAUGGGUGGUGCUGGUGGUGGGUGUCAUCCACACGAGGGAACCAUGGGGGCAUACCUGGAUGGCCUGGCACCCGGCAUGGGUGUCCCGGAAUAUCCGUGGAUGAAGGAAAAGAAGCCUGUCAGGAAGCCUCCUCAUCCAGACUUCUGUUUUACAGGCGCCGAGGUGCGACGAGGCCGGCCUCCGCAGGCAACGCUCGCCAUGCUCGAGGAUGUGUCACCAGGCGUUCCCUCGCAGCGUCAGUACUCUAGCAGAUCUUCCGAGAACGGUCUGCCCCGACGCCUGCGUACAGCCUACACCAACACGCAGCUGCUUGAGCUCGAGAAGGAGUUUCACUUCAACAAAUACUUGUGCCGGCCACGCAGGAUAGAGAUCGCCGCGUCGCUCGACCUCACCGAGAGACAGGUUAAAGUCUGGUUCCAAAAUCGCCGUAUGAAGCACAAGCGGCAAGUUCUGACGAAACCAGACGACGGACCAGACAAGAAGAACUCUGGUGACAUCACUCGACGAUCCGAAGAUUCUUCAAAUAACAACAACAACAACUCGAAGUCUUCUCCCUCUUCUCCGGACAGCAUGUGCUCGUCAGACGUGAAGAAAGAGGAGAGCAAUGACAGCAUGAAUACCACAUCCUCUAUGACCCCAAACCUGCUCACAAAUGGGGCUAUUCUUUCCCUCACGGGGCCUGGGUCCCUAGGUGUCCCCGGGGUGUUAAACACUCCUCCCAGCAGCGCCCCUUGCAGCUCUUCCUUGGAGUCACUCAACGUGAAAGCUGAGGAAGGGAACCUAAGGCUGGCGCAGAUUUCAGGUCCGUUUUCUUUGGAGACGGCGUCUAUGAAAGAGAACCUUAGUCCUCGCAGUUCCCCUCUUCCUCCACCUCCCCCAGCCUCAUCCCCGGCUGCUCCCUCGUCCGCGUCCACCUCCCCAGCUUCCUCUAGACCGAACCAACGCACUCCAAAUCCCCAAUCAGUUUCAUCCAAUUCUCGGGCACCGUGUUACAAUAAUGCUCCCCCUAAUAUAGGCAGAGGUUCUCAACGAAACGUAAGUUACACAGCUUCUUACACGGUCGACAGCCCUCUGGGCAGAGGCUACAGUGCAUCAAGCAUGGGCUACAGAAACACCUGGGGAAAUUCCGAGCAGAAAUGGACCACAAGAGGAACCCCUCCGCAAUAUAUGGCGUCUGCGGGGUCACCGCGCCAUGGUACGCCUAACAAUUACGACUAUUCCACCAUGCAGCCUCAUCAGCAGGGCAGGGGCACCAGCGUUCAGCAACAACCGCAGCAACAUCAGCAGAUGUACAGCAAUAGUUUCUACUCUAUGGAGGAGUAUAAUUACAACAGACAGUACUAUAAUAACAAUCUGAUGUGUCCGGAAGGGUAUAAUUACACUUACCCAAACGGAAUGUAUUGCGGCAACGUGUACAAUAAUUGUUCGGACGCGCAACAGUAUUACGACCAGCAGCAGUACGCGUUGUCUCAAGGGUACGAUCCAGAAAAAGCGGGUAUGGUUGGCAGUCCAGGAAGCCUACCACAAAACGGUACCUCAGUUCAGCCGCAUGCUCAAGGAGUCCCGCAGGCGAGCAUGAACCCAUACUAUGGUUGUUCUCCUGGUGCCCAGUGCGGACAAGACCUCUCCAGCUACCAUGACUACCACGCCAACAUGCCCAUGCAACACGAAUCCGAUAUCAAUUUCGCAAGCUUUAAUUUCUUCGAGCAAGGAGGAGGACCUAAUGGAACUGGCGCUAAUUCUACCGUUUCAACUUUGCCUGCUGGUGCGAACCCUGGAGUAGUUGCAACAAACGUUGUGGGCGUUAAUCCAGGUGUUACAGGGCCUGGCGUUAUCACUGGAGGUGUAAUUAUUGGGCCAAACACAGCGUUAGUUCCGGAAUCUUCAGUGAUACCGUCAUCAGUUAACAUGAUACCUACAAGAAACAAUUGUGUAAAUACCAUCUCUGGCGGAACAGGAUGCGUUGUAGGUAAUAAUGGAGGUAAUUGUGCAAGCAUCGUGGCCAGCCCCACAACUCAGCCUCCUUCGGGUAACCCGAGUGGUAUAGGUAGUAACACUGGUACCAACUCAAGUAAUAUUAUUAAUGGUACAGUUAGUGGUGCAAAUUCAAACUCACCCCCAAACGUGCCCAGCGAGAACAGCAAUUCUUCAGACUUUAAUUUCCUUUCAAAUCUAGCUAAUGAUUUUGCGCCUGAAUAUUAUCAGCUUAGCUAACGCAUUUUCCUGGGGAAAUGGGCAAAGAAAUGUAUAUGCGGACUUUCCAUCUGAGAAACCUUGGGAGCUGCCAACCGAAUAAUUUUGCUAAAUUACUUUAUUGAUUUGCAUAAACACCCUAGCAAAAUUAUUAUCGGAAAAAAUGUGAAAGAAUGUACAGAUCUGCAUCAUCGACGCCACCUAAAUCUGAAAAUAUUUAAGCGCUUACUAUAUUUUUGAACUAUACUCCUAAUUUGGUAAAACAAGAGACUAUUUCUUUUUAUCAUUGGUAUAACUUCAAUGAAAAAUCAAUAUAUAGCCUCUCAGUGUUAUUAGCUUCCUUGUGCAGACCUUUUGGGAUUUUGAUUUGCACCAUCGAAAAACCAUUUUCAUUGGCUACCAUCAAAAACUAUUUUCAUUGGCUAUCUUCAAAAACCAUUU